GCCGGCAUCCGCUCUGUACGUUGUUGGCCCAGUCUAUCUCGACCGACCAGUUACACCUACGGCUUCCAUUUGUGCACUGGCAGCUUACAUGGACAGACCCUUGCUUGUACUCAGCGGUGGGAAAUCUGGCUUCUCUCAGUUUAGUUAAUUUUUGUGUAGGAGCGCCUAACUUAAUUAUUUUGUUAUACCUGUAUUUUUCUGCAUUUGUUUAUAUCAAACAAUUGCAUUAAAAAGAGAGGGUCGCGACAGCUUAAGACAGGGGCUGAAAAAUGGCGGAUGGAUCCGAGACUGCUGAGUUGGAGGAGCAAAGCUACGAUGCUCUAAGUUUGUGUAAUCAAAACCCAUAUCCUGGGGAUAAAGAGCUAUUGGAUCAAGAAAAACAGACCCUUUCACGAAAUGGCUGGAAUAUUGCUCCUUGUGUCCAGAGGGCUAAAACUAUAGAUUUGACCAUGGCUGGAGCUAAACUGGUCCUUGCCAUGAAGUUACUGGAAAAGGGAAAUGCUCAACAAGCUUUGGAGUGUUGCACAACUGCUCUCCAGUUGGGCGCGGAUUGCUGGCAGCUGAGAUCAGAGUGCCACCUGGCGCUGGGACAAUACAGCCUUGCCUACAGAGACUGCCUGAUGGCCAAACAAAAGCACAACACGCCACAGGUAUGGAAAUUGGGAGGCAAAAUACUGCAAGAACUAGGCCUGCCAGUGAUGGCCGAAUUCUGGCUCCGUAAAGCAACCCAGGCAAGUCAGGGGCAAGACAGAGAGGCUUCUAUGCUUUUCCAACAGGUGCGGGUUAAGCGCCUUUACGAUCCACUCACUGUAAAUCACCCAAUAGAGGUGACCUUCUCAGAAUACGGUAGAGCAGUUCUUGCCAAAGAGAACAUCGAACCUGGGCAGUUAAUUUGGAGUGAAUCUCCUCUUACAUCCGCGCAAACUAUGUACACGCUGGAUGUUCCCGCCUGCAGUCAUUGCGGACGCUCCUUGCUGACGGCGGAGACUUUCUUCGGUCAUCUUAUGCUGGAUAUAAACCCGGUCGCCGAGGAUUUAAUAGAAAGAUAUUGGCCGAAGUUAAAUCCUGUCCAGUGCAAACGUUGUAAACGGGAAACCUACUGCAGCCAAGCAUGUCUGGCUGACGCUUGGUAUCAACACCACCAAGUUCUCUGCCCUUCCAUCAACAAGGCUGCAGGAGAACUAUACGACUUCUGCGAUAAAAGAGAGCUUUGCACAAAAGGCUACUGGAGCGCUGCUUUUAGUCCGAUGGCGUUGGCGCGAAUCUGGGGUGCAGUUAUCGCUGAAGUCCGUCGCCUGGUCAAGAAAGAAUCCACCGAGGGCCCGACCGUCGAGCAGUGGGCUGCAGCGAAAGCGCCUUUCCGUCGGUUUAUUUCUUACGGAAUAACCGGGCAUGCACAGUGGGCGUCAAAUAUGGUGCAAUUAAUGGACCGUAUAUUCAACAACUUCGACGACGGCAUUAACUACCACAUAGACGACACCGAAUUCGAAGGACGGUUCUACCAGGUAGCCUGCAAUUGCCAGUCAUUUUCAGAUGGCAAUUCCCCGUAUAUUCGCUUUAUGCAGGGUAUAUCUCAGGACCCUACCCAAGACUACAUCAAGCCUUAUUUGAAUGAUCGGGGAAUCCCCAAAGAGGCCAUAUUUGGAGGGUUGUUCCCCGUCCACGCCUGUUUCAACCACUCCUGCGACAAUAGCGUGGAAGUGAUGGACGCAAACGACGAAAACGGACGUCCUGGGCUCGUUAUACGUGCGAAGAAGGGAGCUAAACAAGGAACAGAGAUCUUCACCACAUACAUAGAUACGCAGUUGCCGAAGUCGGAGCGCAGAGCCUGGCUGUUUCGGGCGUACAACUUUUGGUGUCAGUGCCCCAGAUGUCAAUUUGAAGGCGAGAAUGCCAACGUGUGUACUAACUGUGGAACCAAGGCUGAAGAUUCGAAGGAUUUUCCGAAAUGCAGUAAAUGCAAAAGAGCUUGGUAUUGUUCGCAAAAGUGUCAGAAAGAAGCGUGGAAGAAGGGACACAAGAAAAUUUGCCAAGUGGUGCAUUCAGACACCACCUCCCCACUUAACGAGCCAAUGGAAAAACAUAUGAGAAAACUGUCCGAUAUGUUACAGCAGGGAAUGGCUUUGACGGCAGAAUAAAUUGAAAAUAAUCAAUUCAUAGCUCGAAUACAGUAUACUAGUUGAGCCCAGAAAAUAAGAAUGGUGCUUUGAAAUUAAGGGCACAAAGAUUGAGACAAACAUAAAAAACAAGGUGAAUAAAACACACUUUUUUAACAUUGUUCGAUGACCAAAACAUACAAGCAUUUCUUGCUUGUCCAGCAAAUGGAAAGUAGCCUUCGUCUUAAACGUUUACGAUUUUAUGCCUCUAGGGACAUACUUUCUACGCUGCCAGACGUUGAUAAAAAUUUACUGUUAAAUAAUGUAAACCAAAAUAGUUUGCUGGAAGUCGGGGGAAAAAAAGAUUUACAGCGGAAGCGUGGAUUUCCGUAUACCAUUGCUACCUCUCGACAUUCUCUGCUGUGUGAUAAAACACCCAGGUACGACUAUCUCAUUGCAUUAGAUGUACCAAACCAUCAUCACAUCGAGACAAUGCCACCGUAUGUUUUUCGACGUAAUUUGAGUGUUUUUAGUAAA